AUGAACUGUCCUCAAGAUCUGUUUGGAUUACGACACAUCGUCACUAUCGACUCGUGGGCAAAAUUGUUAGAGGAAAAAAUCGGUCGAGAGGAGGAGCUCGAUCGUGAAAGUGCUAUUGGCAAAGCCAAGUUCUUCUACAAGCUCUGCUUGAACGAAUCAGAGAUCUUCGAUAACUGGCGAACAACUUUUGAUGAGGUGGUGGCCGCUUUUGGAGGAUGGCCAAGUCUCGGACAUCCCAUGCCGGAGCACGUGUCAAUCGAAAAAUUGUACGGUGACAUGGUGGCCAAAUUUCGGGCCGAUUCACUAUUCAAGGCUACGGUACAGCCGGAUGACAAGAACUCGGAGAAGCACGUUUUAUUAGUAAGAGACGUUUUCGAAGACGUGCUAGUGCUUCUGCAUGCGCCUGCUGAGUCGGCCACACAAGACGCCGAGGAGAUCAUUGAGUUUGAAACCGCUCUCGCUAAUAUUACAAUGGCAGACGACCAACGUCACGAUAUUGCCGAGCUCUACACAAAGAUGACUUUAGGGCAAAUGAAGCAACAGCUGCCAAAUUUCGAUUGGCAGCUCUUCUUCAAUCAAGUCUUUCGUGAGAUCACUGAUCAG